UUUAUUACCAGUUCGUGGAAUAAAAACCUGGCCGUCAGCACUGUCAGAGUUCUUCUUCGACAAAUGACAUAUAACUUGAUGUGGUGAUACAUUAGGUCAAUAGUACUGACGCACAAACUACUUCCGGGUUGGCUCCAGCAGUACGUGUUUGUGGAGGAAAUCAAUUAGUUUCGCUUUCGCUUAGCACGACAUGGCUGUCAGGGAUAUCAGCAUUCAGAUCUCCACACAAAGCUGAUGUUCUUACUUCCUCCUGAGAAGAAUAUACCUUCAGCAACAACAUGCUGCAGUUCAGCUUUCUCCUCAUUUUCAUUUCUCUCAUCCCUCCUAUUGAUUCCAAGGACCCCGAAAACAGCACAUUUGUUACAACCGAUUCCUCUUCCCCAUGGAAACUGAGAUUACCAGACACAGUAAAGCCAAUUCGCUAUGAUUUACUAAUCCACCCAAACCUUACUUUCCUCAACUUUACUGGAAGAGUACAGAUUGAGUUGGAAGUGCAGCAGGACACCAAGCACAUUCUUCUUCACAGCAAGAAUCUUCACAUCUCCAAAGCAGUUGUUUUGCAGUCUGGCGAUGCUCAUCUUCUUCGUGUGCACGAGUCUGAACCCUUUGAGCAGAUUGCAUUGUCUUCCCAGAACUUUACGUUUAUAAAAGGCGAACAUGUUAUCCAAUUAGAUUUCUCAGCUAACCUGUCCAACAGUUUUCAUGGCUUUUAUAAAGGCUCAUACACAACACGGAGUGGUGAAGUCAGGGCUUUGGCAUCCACCCAGUUUGAGCCUACACAUGCUCGUGCUGCUUUCCCCUGCUUUGAUGAACCAGCCUUCAAAGCCAACUUCUCUAUUCGCGUACGCCGGGAGCCAAGGCAUAUUUCCAUUUCAAACAUGCCUAAGUUGAAAACGGUGGCGCUCACAGCAGACUUGCUGGAGGAUCACUAUGACGUGAGUGUGAAGAUGAGCACUUAUCUAGUGGCCUUCAUUGUUUGUGACUUUGUCUCCAUCAGUAAGAGAAGUCAACAUGGUGUUCAGAUAUCUGUGUACACUGUUCCAGAGAAGAUUAAUCAGGCAGGAUAUGCCCUCAACACGGCAGUAACACUGCUUGACUUUUAUGAUGAUUACUUUGGCAUCCCAUAUCCACUUCCCAAACAAGAUCUUGCAGCAAUUCCAGAUUUUCAAUCCGGUGCUAUGGAGAACUGGGGCUUGACCACGUAUAGAGAAUCUGGGCUCCUCUUUGACCCUGAAAGGUCUUCUACCUCUGACAAACUGGGCAUCACAAAGGUCAUUGCCCAUGAGCUAGCCCAUCAGUGGUUUGGUAACCUAGUAACGAUGCAGUGGUGGAAUGACCUGUGGUUAAAUGAGGGCUUUGCCAAGUUCAUGGAAUUUGUAUCCACAAACAUCACCUAUCCUGAGCUGCAAGUGAAUGACUACUUCUUAGAGAAGUGUUUCACUGCCAUGGGCGUGGAUUCUUUAAGCUCCUCACACCCCAUCUCUACCCCUGUGGAAAAUCCUGCAGAGAUCCGAGAAAUGUUUGAUGAUGUAUCCUAUCAGAAGGGGGCCUGUGUUUUGAACAUGCUGAGAGAUUUUCUGACCCCAGAAGUGUUUAAUCUUGGGAUUAUUCAUUACCUGAAGAAACACAGCUACCAGAAUACUGUGAAUGCUGAUCUCUGGUACAGUCUGACAAAUAUCUGUGACUCAGAUGAUAUUAACACAGAUGGAUUCUGCACUGACAGCAAGUCCAGACAUUCUGCUUCUAAAUGGUAUAUGGAGGAUGACCUGAAUGUGAAGGCUAUCAUGGACACCUGGACACUGCAGGAGGGUUUUCCCAUUAUUACUGUGGAGAUCAAAGGUCGAGAGGUCAAACUAAAACAGGAGAGGUACCUUAAAGGGGCAGAUUCAUCAAAGAAUUCAAGUUUCCUUUGGCAAGUGCCUUUGACCUACAUCACCAGCAGCUCCAGCUCUGUCCAGCGUUUUCUGCUGAAAACUAGAAAAGAUGUAUUGUACUUGCCUGCGGAAGUGGAGUGGAUUAAAUUCAAUGUGGAUAUGAGAGGCUAUUAUAUUGUCCAUUACGAAGCUCACGGCUGGGAAGCUUUGAUCAGGCAGCUUCAGCACAAUCACACAGUUUUUAGUGGGAACGACAGAGCAAGCCUCAUUCACGACAUCUUCCAGCUGGUCAAAAUUGGAAAGGUUUCUCUGGAUAAGGCCCUGAGCCUGAGUCUGUACCUGAAGCAUGAGACUGAGAUUAUGCCAGUGACACAGGGCUUCAGUGAACUCGUCCCUCUUUACAAACUCAUGGAAAAGAGAAACAUGGCAGCUCUGGAGCACCAGCUGAAGGCCUACUUAGUGAACCUGUUCCAGCGACUGAUUGACACACAGACAUGGAGUGAUGAGGGCUCAGUGUCAGAGAGGAUCUUGCGGAAUUACUUGCUCCUCUUUGCCUGUGUGCGUCGUUAUGCGCCCUGUGUUAGCACUGCUCAGGAUCUUUUCCUCAGGUGGAAGGAGUCAGGUGGAAACAUGAGGUUGCCUGCUGACAUCCGCUUGGUUGUGUACACCGAGGGUGCUCGAACAGAAGAAGGAUGGGACUUCCUUAUGGAAAUGUACCGUUACACGAUGUAUCCCUCGGAAAAGAGUCAGAUUAAAGCAGCGCUGACCUACAGCCCACUGGCUCACAAGCUAGAAUGGCUAAUGGAGAGAGGUCUGGAAGGAGAUGUCCUGAAGACCCAUGAGCUGCCAUCACUUGUCAUUAGUGUCAGUAAAAACCCAAAUGCAUAUAAACUGGCCUGGAACUUCCUGAGAGCCAACUGGCAAGAACUGGUUAAGAAGUUUGAUCUUGGUUCGUCUUCGGUCUCACGUAUGGUUGUUGGAGUAACCAAUCAGUACUCAACCAAGGAGAUGCUAGAGGAGGUACGGUCUUUCUUCGGUUCACUGCAGGCAGACAUGGGUUCAGGACUGCGUAGCAUCCAGCAGGCCCUGGAGAAUAUCGAGGAGAAUAUCCGCUGGAUGGAUAGAAAUAUUCCUCUACUUAAAGACUGGCUGAACAGCCAUAGUACAUGACUGAAGCCAGAGAGCUGAAAUUAACAUUCUUGAUCUGGCUUAUGGUGUGUGUGUGUGUGUGUGUGUGUGUGUGUGUGUGUGUGUG